AUGUCAUCCCUCUCUCGCCUUCUCCUCCGUGGCACCAAAAGCUUCAACACCCCCACGAGCGCCCGCUUUCUCUCCGCCGCUACCGCUGCUGCAUCCACACCCUCACAACGAACACCUUCCCUAAUCACCCUCGUAAACGACGAACAAGACCCUAAAUACAUCACAGAGAAGUUCAAAAAGGCUUCCGAAACGGAGUGGUUCCGCAAAAACAUAGCCGUCUAUGAGAGAACCGUCCGCCGUCUCGCCGCGGCCAAGAAGUUUGACUGGAUCGAGGAGAUUCUUGAGGAGCAGAACAAGUACCACAACAUGUCAAAGGAAGGCUUCGUGGCGAGGAUCAUCAAUCUUUACGGACGAGCUGGUAUGUUUGAGAAUGCACAGAAGGUGUUCGACGCUAUGCCUGAGAGAAACUGUAAGAGGUCAGUUUUGUCUUUCAACGCUUUGCUGAAUGCUUGUGUGAACUCGAAGAAGUUCGAUUUGGUUGAUGGUAUCUUCAAGGAGUUGCCAGGUAAACUCUCGAUCCAACCGGAUAUUGCUUCUUACAAUACUCUGAUCAAAGGGUUGUGUGGGAAGGGUUCAUUGUCGGAAGCUAUUGCGUUGGUUGAUGAGAUUGAGAACAAGGGUCUGAAGCCUGAUCAUUUCACUUACAACUUGCUUUUACAUGAGACGUAUACAAAAGGGCAUUUUGAGCAGGGUGAAAAGAUAUGGUCUAGAAUGGUGGAGAAGAAUCUCGCGAGAGACGUGCGUAGUUACAAUGCUCGGUUGUUAGGAUUAGCCUUGGAGAUGAAAUCAGAAGAGAUGGUUAAUCUCUUUGACGAACUUAAGAGUAAUGGUAUCAAACCUGAUGUGUUCACAUUCACUGCCUUGGUUAGAGGAUGUGCCGGUGCAGGAAAGGUUGACGAAGCCAAAACGUGGUAUAAGGAGCUAGAGAAUAACGGUUUUCGCCCAAUGAAAUUGAUCUUUUCUUCGUUGCUUCCUGCAUUGUGUACGGCUGGUGAUUUGGAGUCAGCUUUUGAGCUCUGCAAGGAGAUAUUCACUAAGCGUCUACUUGUUGAUGGCGCCAUCAUGCAAGAGGUAGUUGAUGAAUUGGUGAAAGGGUCAAAGAAAGAUGAAGCUGAGGAGAUUGUUGAACUCGCUAAGAAGAAUGAUUACUUACAGUUCAAGCUACAUCUCUCUUCGGAAGAGUAG